AUGAAUGUGUCCAGCACAGAAGCCACCAGCUCCGUUAGCCACUUUAUCCUCAUGGGCUUUCCCUCAAGCCCACAAAUGCAGCUCCUCUACUUCGGGCUCUUCUCAGUAGUCUACACCCUGACCCUCAUGGGGAACGCAGCCAUUGUCUGUGCAGUGAGGUGGGACCGGCGUCUUCACACUCCCAUGUACAUCUUCUUGGGGAAUUUCUCUCUCCUGGAAAUAUGUUAUGUCACCACGACCGUCCCUAACAUGUUGGCCAAUUUCCUGUCCACAAGCAAGUCCAUUUCCUUUGUGAACUGUUUUGCACAGUUCUACUUCUUCUUCUCUUUGGGAUGUGAUGAGGGCCUCUUCCUUUGAAUCAUGGCCUUUGACAGGUAUCUUGCCAUCUGUCGUCCUCUGCAUUACCCACACAUCAUGACGAAACAGCUAUACACUGGCCUUGCCAUCUUCGGUUGGUCGUGCGGGUUCAUCGUCUUCCUAACCCCAGUUGUUCUCAUUUCACACUUACCCUACUGUGGCCCAAAUACCAUUAACCAUUUCGUGUGUGAUCCCGUCCCAUUGAUGAUGCUGUCCUGUUCUGAAGAUACCACCACACAGUUCAUUUAUUCUACCUGCAAUGCUAUUUUUAUGAUUGGAACCUUUCUCUUUGUUCUUUGUUCCUAUGCUCUGGUGAUUGUGGCUGUGCUAAGGAUGCCCUCAGCAACAGGCAAACGCAAGGCUUUCUCCACUUGUGCUUCUCAUCUGGCAGUGGUGAUCCUGUUUUUUGGCUCUGUUAUGGUGAUGUAUAUUAGUCCCGGAUCAGGUCACCCAGUGAAAAUGCAGAAAAUUGUGACCUUGUUUUAUUCUGUGAUAACACCCCUCUGUAAUCCUCUAAUUUAUAGCCUCAGGAACAAGGAGAUGAAGACUGCUCUGAGGAAAAUCUUUGGCACUGAAUGUGAUAUUCAUAAAUUGCGCCCUCAGUCCCAGAAAGCGCCAGGAAAAGCAGCUCUGCUGCGCUCCUGGCACCAUCAUCAUCGGCACAGACGUUUUGGGCCUGAGGCUGCCUUCCCUAGGCUUGACACCCAACAGCGCGGAGGCGGCAGUCAGAGGCUGAGUUCCCCAGGCUUAACCCCUGGCAGUGUGGAGGUGGUGGACCCUAGGCUGCUCUGCCACCACUUGACCCCAGCGAAUCUGAGGCUGCACCACUUCCCCUGCACUGCCCCCCACCCCCUGGACUCCCAGGAGCAGUGA